AUGUCCCUCGCUUCUUGCACUCAUCAACUUUUUCUAACGUCAUUCGCGGCUGAAUUCAUCCGUUCCCUCCUCCCGUGCCAUCAUCCAAUUUUUCCGUUGAAAGAUUGCGAGACGAAUAAAAAGCAGUCAUUUCAUUCUUUUUUUUUUCUGUUUUGUGUGAUCUUUUUCUCUCUUCCUUCCUUCCUUCCUUCCUCUCUUCCUUCCCCCCCCCUCCCUUCCUUCCUUUCUCUUUCUUCUUCCCUCUUCCUCCCUUCCUUCCUUCCUCCGUCCUUUCCUUCUUUCUUUUCUUUUCUUUUCUUCCGUUCGUUCGUUCGUUCGUUCAUUCGUUCAUCCUUUCUUUCUUUCUUUCUUUCUUUCUUUCUUUCUUUUCUUUCUUUCUUUCUUUCCUCCGUUCGUUCGUUCUUCCCUUUGUUUCUUCCUUCCUUCCUUCCUUCCUUCCUUGUACGCUACUACUUGUUCGUUUGUCUGUUUGAUUCUUACAUCGUAUUCUUUUCUUUUCUUUCUUUCUUCUUUUUUUCUUUCUUUCUUUCUUUUUUUCUUUCUUUCUUUUCUUCUUCAAAUUUUUUUAUGCGUUUCUUUUUUGUUUAUCCAUUCCCACCCGCUUUCUUUCUUUUCAUUGGGACGCCCGCAUUUCCAUUAAUUUUUUCUGUUUAUUUGAUCUCGCUUUCCUUCAAAACCCUCCUUUUUUUCUUUCUUUCUUUUCUUUUUUCUUUCUUUCUUCUUUCUUUCUUUCUUUCUUUUCUUUCUUUCAAUACCCUCUCUUCCUUUCUUUUCUUUUCAUUGUAUACUUUGUUCAUUUUCUUUCUUUCUUUCAUUCUUUUGAAUACUAGUCUCUCUCUCUCUCUCUCUCUCUCUCCUCCUUUCAUUUUUUGUUUUAAUUUUCUUUCUUUCUUUCAUAUAUAUUUUUCCUCACUCACUUACUCUGAAUACUUCUUUUUCUUUUCUUUGAAUACUUCCUUCUCUUUUUCCUUUUUUGAAUUUCUUUUUUCUUUCUUCUUUGAAUAUUUACUCCCUCUCUUUUUCCUUCUUUUCUUUCUUUCUUUCUUUCUUUUCUUUCUUUCUUUCUUUCUUUCUUUUCUUUCAAUACUUCCUUCUUUUUUUCCUUUUAGAAUUUUUCUUUUGAAUACUUUAUUCUCUCUCUUUUUUCCUUUUGUGAUUUUCUUUUCUUUCUUUCUUUUCUUUCUUUGA